UCGGCAUCUGGUGGACUGGUAGGGAGUUGGGUGGAUUCACGAGUCUCCUGCGUGAUGUCUACGACUUCGGCGUGUUGAGCAGUUCAGAACUUGGCAGCUGAGAUGUGGAGUGCACCUUGAGGACCAAAUGGAUAACCCGUUUUUGUUCGUGGCAGUUGCUCGAUGUGCCGCAUCAGGGGUCCCGAUCGAGUUGUAGGCUUUGUGGAUGAUGGGUCUAACACACCUUCACCUGCACAGCUACGAAGUCGAUGUUUGGGCUGAGUCGUUUCUGAGGAUUUUAGACGCAGGCGCAGGCUCAUCGAGCAGGCUAGGCGAUGAUGCAGCGAUUGGAAAUUCGGCGUGUCACUACGUAAGGCAAUCAGUGGAUCAUAAGAAAUAACGCUGUAAUGGACCUGCAUUGUCAGCUUGCAGAAUAGGUGUGAUAGUCGACGGUGUGAGAAGUUUCGUUCUUUUGAGAACACAGAAUGUGCGGGAUUGCAGAGGUGGAAUAGACGAGUGCAGGAUAAGAAACGAAAAUUGUUAAACACUUGGCAGGAGGUGCAUGCAUCAGAAUUGUGUUGGCAUUGGGUACUUGGGUGAGUUCGUCAUGGAUUUUCGAAGCGUUGCGGCGUUGCUAUUGGCACUGUGUAUAUCCAUACCCGCGAAUUUCUGUGGAGAAGCAAGAUUGCAGAGAAGGAUCGACGUGCCGGCAUAUUUUGUGUUUGGAGAUUCCUUCGCAGACGUGGGGACCAACAAUUUCCUACCUUAUGCUGCGUCGCGAGCCAACUUUCCACCAUACGGCGAAACGUUCUUUCAUAAGGCAACGGGACGCUUCACAAACGGCAGAAACAUUGUCGACUUAUUUGCGCAAACAGUGGGACUCCCAAUCGCGCCACCAUUUUUACAACCAAAUUCUUCAUUCAUUGCUGGAGUUAACUUCGCCUCAGCCGGAAGUAGCCUCCUCAACAGCACCAUCUUCAACAAUAAGGAACUGGUCGGCUCAACUGGCUCGCCUCAGGCAGUACCAUUGAGUGAGCAAGUGGACCAGUACAAAACAGUGCGGAUCUUGUUGCGGAACGUGCUCAGCCCCUUGGAAGCACAGAAGCUGAUAUCGAAGUCAGUAUUUCUCAUACUCAGCGGCUCGGAUGAUCUCCUAGAGUACCUCUCCAACUUCGAGAUCCAAAACCGAAUGAACGCUACCCAGUUCAUGUCUAACGUUGUGGAAGCUUACCGAACUACACUCACUGAUCUGUACAAAGGUGGCGCGAGGAAGGCACUCCUGGUUGGCCUUACGCCCCUCGGAUGCUCGCCUUCGGCAAGAGCCACAAAUCCUAGGAACCCUGGGGAGUGCUUGGUUGAAGGAAACGAACUAGCGAUGCGUUUCAACAACGAUGUAAGGCAGUUAGUGGAUGAGCUGCAUGUCACGUUUCCAGACUACAACGUCAUAUUUGGCGAGAGUUAUAAUCUCAUCGAGGCAAUGAUAAAUGACAAGAAGUCAUCUGGAUUAGACAAUGUCAAUGCAGCUUGCUGCGGAGCCGGGUUUUUGAAUGCACAAGUUCGCUGUGGACUGCCAAUGCCAUCCGGCAUGCUCGAUGUUGGCCAACCGCUGUGCAAGCACCCAUCGAAGUUCUUGUUCUGGGAUGUUGUUCAUCCCACGGAGCAAGUAGUGAGGCUUCUGUUCAAGAGCUUCUGGGCCGGCAAUUCAAGUACAUCAUAUCCCAUGAACAUAAAAGCCUUGGUUUCUUUGUAGCAGGAACUUGGAGAAGUCUACACGAUGUGUGGAGAUUGGAAAGAUUACGCUCAGACACAUUGUGAGAAUAAUCCGAAUAUACAUUAAUCUAACCAGCAAAACACAGAGACACUGAGAUUAAUCGUCAAUGGAAACAUCAUUAUGUUGAGAUUCAAUCCUGAUUGUGACAUUUGAUGUGCUUGGAGGGCACUCGAGCAUUUAAGGGCUUAAAAUGACAGGAGUGGGUUAAUUGAUUGGUGUCAGCUUCAAAACCAAGAUAGUUGAUAGUUACAAGACGAGCAAAAUUAUUUGUUUGAUGCUCAAUUAUGUACCGUAACCAAGCAACAUCAAUACCUAAGGAUACAUGUAUACAUUGCCUUCAUA